AUGGCUUCUGACAAUCGCCGGAAUAAUACUGGGCAGAGACUGUCGACGGACCAAAUCUCAGCCGCCGCCGCCGCCGCUGAAAUCAUCGGCGGCAACGAGGACCUGGUGGCGGAGAUCCUUCAGCGUCUGCCGCCGAAAUCCCUCAUUCGAUUCAAGUCGGUCUCUAAAACAUGGCUCUUUCUCAUCUCCAGCGAUCGUUUCUCUCUCCUCCACUGGCAACACCAGCAUCCACAAUUCCAUGAUCCCAAAAUCUCCGGCCUUUUCUUCACCUCUAGAUCCGGAUCUGGAUUCAUCGAAUUCAUUCCUCUCAUUUUCUCUGCUACUAUUAAUGGCGGAGAAGAAAACAAGUCACUCGCUCUAUUAACUGCUGAUAUGAAUACUGAUAAAAUCGUAGAAGACUCUUGUAAUGGUUUUCUACUCAUCUGCUGUACAAGUCGUAAAAUUAAGUACCACGUUUACAAUCCUACUACCAAGCAAUUCUCUACUAUUCCCUGGACUUUUUUCAGAGUUUUCACUUUCCCCGGUGACCGUGUUUAUUUGGUUUUUGAACCUUCAAAAUCACUUCACUACAAAUUUGUUUUGCUUCAGAGUAAACUAUAUGGGGGUGCCUACUUAUGUCAAAUGCGCAUUUAUUCCUCAGAAACCAAAGCCUGGUCUUCACCACCCAAUAUUUGUGAUCAGCAUCCUUUUCAGGUACCAAGAUGUGUGGACCUCGCUAAUGGAGUCUAUUGCAAUGGUUCCAUUCAUUGGAUUUCCUUCAGCCCACUAGAAACUUCCAUAUACUUUGAUGUUGAUCAACAAAGAUUCUGCCCAAUGCCGUCUCCACCAUGUCGGAUUGAUGUUUUUAAAUUCUGGCAUUUUGGGAAGUCCUGGGGACAUUUGCAUUGUAUUAAUUAUCAUGAUGCCACCGGACUUAAUGUCGACGUCUAUGAGAUGGAGAGUGAUUACUCCAAAUGGACAUUGAAGUAUCGGUAA